CCCGCUUUGGUAGAGUCGGACUCUCGCCCCGGCGGCUCCCCCGACCAAAGCGCCUUUGGGACGCGGUUGCCUCGUGCCCUCUCCUCGUGGCAAGACCGCUUCAACAGGCGGCAUGGACCACGGUCCUAAGGAAGGGGACUCGGCCGGAGCAGCGACCGGGGACGCUGGUCGGGGCGCCGCCUCUUCCUCCGGCGGAGUAGUGGUGCAAGUUCGAGAGAAGAAGGGGCCCCUGCGGGCGGCUAUUCCCUACAUGCCGUUCCCCGUGGCUGUUAUCUGUUUAUUCCUCAACACCUUCGUGCCGGGACUAGGGACGUUUGUGUCAGCUUUCACAGUACUGUGCGGAGCCCGGACUGACCUCCCCGACAGACAUGUUUGCUGCGUCUUCUGGUUGAACAUUGCCGCAGCUCUGAUUCAGAUCCUCACCGCCAUUGUAAUGGUUGGGUGGAUCAUGAGUAUAUUUUGGGGGAUGGACAUGGUAAUUCUUGCGAUGAAACUGAUGAUACCGCAAAGUGCCCUGGGCUCUACCAAGAACAAUAAAGGGUGGAAUUAUAAUUAG